CGAAUACAUCCCCGCAAUUGCAUUCGCGACUGAGCUUCAAAAUGUCGCUCAGGGGCCCACUCCUCCUCCGCACAGCGCUUCAAUUCCGCUGCCUUCCUACACCCGCCACUUCCUCUACAGUUGCAACGACUCGACACCUAGCAACCACCUCCCCGCAACCACCAAGCACAAGCACGAGCAGUAGCAGCAGUAAAAAACGCCAGCCGACAACCUUCACAGACAAGCUCAAUGCGGGCCCCUCCUUCUCGGACUUUGUCACGAACGGUGCGGCACUAAUCACUGAUGCGGAAGAAGCGCUAGAACUCUCCUCGGCCACUGGCACCACGGGCAACAAACCCCAAGCCUUCGACGGGCACGGAAACCCAAUCACCCGUCUACCUACCUGGCUCAAGACGCCAGUCCCCAUAGGCGCCAACUUCGCCCGCAUAAAGUCCGACCUGCGCGGCCUGGGCCUGCACACCGUCUGUGAGGAGGCGCGAUGUCCAAACAUCUCCACGUGCUGGGGCGGAACGGACAAGUCCUCCGCCACGGCCACCAUAAUGCUGAUGGGCGACACCUGCACGCGCGGUUGCCGCUUCUGCUCCGUCAAGACCUCCCGCACGCCCGCGCCCCUGGACCCGCACGAGCCGGAGCACACGGCUGAAGCGCUGCGACGGUGGGGUCUCGGAUACGUGGUUCUGACGUCCGUCGAUCGCGACGACCUGCCGGACGGCGGGGCCGCGCAUUUCGCCGAGACAGUUGCCAAGAUUAAGCAGCGGGCGGGUCACAUACUCGUCGAAGCGCUCACCGGCGACUUCAUGGGGGAUUUGGACUGUGUAAGCCGGGUUGCUAGCAGCGGGUUGGAUGUGUAUGCCCAUAAUGUGGAAACGGUGGAAGGGCUGACACCCUACGUGCGCGAUCGGAGGGCCACGUUCAGGCAGAGUUUGAAAGUGCUCGAGGCUGCCAAGGGUGUUCGGGAGGGGUUGAUCACAAAAACUAGUAUCAUGCUCGGAUUGGGCGAGACGCAGGAGGAGGUCCUUGACACUUUGAGAGAACUGCGAAAAAUAAACGUCGACGUUGUGACGUUCGGACAGUACAUGCGUCCUACCAAGCGCCACAUGAAGGUCACGGAGUACAUCACCCCGGAGGCCUUCGAGAUGUGGAGGGCCAAGGCGCUGGAUUUGGGCUUCCUCUACGUCGCUAGUGGCCCGCUGGUCCGCAGCAGCUACAAAGCUGGCGAGGCCUUCAUCGAGAAUGUACUAAAGAAGAGAGCGGCCGGGAGGAAUGUCACCGCCCUCGAAUCGGGGCGGGGAGGCGAAUUGGAUAAACUCUCGACAGAAUGAUCCAGUCGAGGGGCCGAGGUGGAUGCUUGCUUAGAUUUCAAACUAUUUAAUGUGGCAUCAUAUUUCUUCUUUUUUUUUCCUGGUUCAAUAAUAGAUCUCUGGGUUCGGUGCUUGUUUUUCUUCACAAUUCCCUCUAAAAAUAUAUAUAUAAAUAAAAUAAAUAAAAAACAGUUUCCUGGCGUUA